AACAUCAAUCAUCAAGUUUUACAAGUCGACCACGAUGAGAAUACUGGUCGUGCUCGCCCUACAGGGGUGCUUGCUAACUGUCUGUACUGGACAUGAGUCUGAUCAGCAAGAAGGUGACCUAGCCGUCGCAGCAACUGGCCAUAAGCAUGGCCAUCAUCAUGAGGAAGGCGGUGGAAAGGAACACCACGGCCACCAUCAUCAUGAACAUGGCCAUAAGGAAACAAAGGGGCACAAAGGACAUCACCAUCACCAUAAAGGUGAACAUGGCGAUCAUCACAAGCAUCAUCAUGCGGGACAUCAUCACGAGCAUGGCGGUGGGCAUAAGAAACACUGGGAUGAAGAUGAACAUCAUGGUCACCAUCAUGAGCACGGACAUCAUCAUAAGGGAGGAAAACAUCAUCACAAGAAACAUCACGACAAAGGCGAAGAAACCGAAGGAUAUCACAAGAAGUAUCAUAAAGACGAAUUCCACAAGGACCAUCACUUCUACGACGACCAUCACAAGGGAGGCAAGCAUCACAAGCACGGACAUCAUCACGGACACCACGGCGAACAUGGCGGACAUCACAAGAAAGGUGGCCAUCAUCACUCCGGCCAUCACGAGCACCACCACGGCAAAGGCGGACAUCACGACAAGCACCAUCAUGAUGAAGAUCAUAAAGGCCACAAGGGUCACUCAGGGCAUGAGGAACAUCAUCAUCAUCAUGACGACCACGGCAAGAAGGGUGGACACGAGGGCCACAAGCAUUGGGGAUUCCAUCACGGAAAGCACUGAUUUAGUUAACUGUAAGAUAAUUAUUAUUGCAUUUUUGUUAUACUUUAAACAG